AGACCGUAAAAGCCGUGCGUAACUGUGGAUGUGGAGUGGAUGGGCAGCGAGCUCUCCGGCAGCUCGUUACUCAGAGCGCCUUCCUUCCUCGGCCGGGUCCUAAUAUGGAGCUUGGGGCUUAUAAAUACCACCUAAAUUGUUCUCCAAACAAUCAAGUCAAAGGGUUGCCGGAUCGCGCAAGAACCUAAAGGGGGCACAGCUGAGAUCCAAACAUGAACGUCGCAGCGGGGCUGUUUGUGCCGACGCUCGUUUUCCUCCUGGGAAAAGAUGCGGGAGCAGAGCGGAACAGCGGCUACUGCAUCGGGAACUCGUGCUUCACUCUGUUCCGGGACCCCGGCACGUUCAGCUCAGCGCAGCGGCUCUGCAGAGACCAGAACAGCCACCUGAUGACGGUGCGGACCUCUGUGUCCAGCGACGUGCUCUCCGUCCUGCUGGGAAACCUGACCGGAAGCUUCUGGAUCGGCUUGCACCGCCUGAGCGGCUGUCCGGACCCGUCGGAGGAGCUCCGAGGCUUCCAGUGGGUAACCGAGGACGCCAAGAGCGACUUCGUCAACUGGCAGCCGGACCCCGACGACAGCUGCUCGGCCGCCUGCUGCGUGUCCGUGAACGGAGAGGAAAACUUUAAAUGGAGCCAGACCCCGUGCGACCGGCCCGCGGCGGGCUUCCUCUGCGAGACCGUCUUCACCGACCCCUGCACUAACCUGCCGCACACAGCGCAGCAGUCUGUGCUCUACUGGACUCCCUACGGGUUCGAGGUGGAGGAUGUUCGGUCCGCCACGCUGCCGCGUGGAAGCAUCGCCACCCUUUUCCCGUCCAAGACCAAAUACAUCUGCGGCACCUCCACCAAGUGGCUGCAGGCUCCAUGGAGCUGCGAGAUAAACGAAGGCGGGUGUGAAUACAAGUGCAAAGUGGACCCCAGCAGCAGCCCCGUCUGCUACUGCCCGCCGGGCGAGAGCGUGAGCCCGGCCAACGGAGUCUCGUGCCAGGCGGAGGGCCCGGACGACCCCUGCGCGGCGCUGCGCUGCCAGCAGACCUGCUACGAGGCCGGGGGCCGGCAUCAGUGCGGCUGCGAGAGCGGCUACAGGUUGGUCGGCGGCGCGUGUGUGGACACGGACGAGUGCAAGCUCGCGCCAUGCGAGCACGACUGCGCCAACACGCCCGGAAGCUACGUGUGCUCGUGCUUCAAGGGGUACCGGGUGGACGAGAAGGAUCCGCACAAAUGCAGGCGGCACUGCGGGAAGCCGGAGUGCCCCGCGGAGUGCGACCCCAACUACAACCUCCUGUGCUUCUGCCCGGACGGCUACGUGUCAAGUGAAAGGGGGGGCUCUGUCUUCUGCAUAGACAUUGACGAGUGCGAAUCUCAUUACUGCGAACAGAAGUGCCGAAACACGUACGGCGGGUACGUGUGCUCCUGCUACCCCGGUUUCAAGUUAGUGGGUGAAUACCAGUGCAGAGAAGUCAGCGACGGGGACGGCGAGACCACAGACGUGGACAGCUCCAUCUUCAGCUCCAUCCCCACGUCACCCACAGACCCGACCGAGCGGCCCUCCGCGGUGACGGCCGGGGGUCUCGUGGGGAUCAUAGUGAGCACGGUCUUCGUCGUCGUGCUGGCCGUUUUCGCGGCGCACGUGCUGCUCCUGCGCAGAGGGAGGAAGGAGGAGGGCGCCGCGAGCGCGAACGGAGAGACCGAGGAGGACACGCGCGGCCCGGAGAGGCCGAGCGACAGCGGCAGGGACAAAGUGGUGUAAGGAGAGAGACGCUUUUGGACGAGAGGAAUGAAUGUAGGAGCCGAGCCUCCAAGAAGCACAGACUCAAAAAAAACAAAACAAAAAAAAUCUCUCACUUUGAGGAAGAAGUCUGGCAGGAUGCAGCUCAGGCAGAAAACUAAAUGAAGCAGCAAACGGUUUACAAAAAACAUCAGUUCGUGUUUGUAUUUACUGCCCAACUCACACGCAGCCUCCGACAUGGAAUGAAGCGACAAAAGAACUGUUGACAGUUU